GUCUGGUCUGGUCUGGUCGGCCUGGCAAGAGGAGCAGGACAAGAGAGAUAAGAGUGAGUGACUUUCACGCUUCCUCUUUGUGAAUAACGUUCCACCUCCCGGCAGAAAACAAUCAAGCAGUUUCGACAUCAUCACAGCCCAGUUUCAACUAAUAAACUCCGUUCCCCGGUAAUUACAGGCACAGGCUUUGGCUCUUUGGAGUUUACACUUUCUUCUUGUUACCUCCGGCAAACAGACAGGCGGGUUAUCGGAAAAACUCCAUCGACGAACACUCUUCUGCUUCCGUCUGACCGGAUCUGCACUGCUGGUGGUGAGCCUUUUUCUGAUUUGGGUUCGGUGUGAAUUUUGAUUAAUGGAUUGGGAACAGCAGCAGCGUCGGAAGAGGAAGCGUUUUGGCAGGUCGAGCUCGCACGCUCAGUUUUUGACUCGAAGAUCUCUGUUUCUUUGCCUUGCCUUUUUUGCUUUUCUCUUGUUUCUCUCUUCAAGUCGGUGGUUCUCGAUUGCGGCGGCGUCCUUCCGGCCAGUUCUCGAUGUCUCUUCCACCACUCUCUCCCGCUUGUCCACCUCUGCCAGCAAGUCUACACUUGACAAUUCUUUGAGCGGUAAGUAUUCGCCUUUGAGAAUCGAAAGACGAGUCCUUUUCCCAGACCACUUGCUUUUGAUGGUCACUGGCGAAUUCAGCCGAGAUGAGAAAUUGGUUUGUUUAUACCACAAAUCUGUCGCUAGAGGUUUGAAACAAGAGACUCUCGAACAGUCAGUUCUGUCCACGGACAGGUACGAUGAGUUCCGAUCAAUUGCCAGAUGUCCACUGCCACCACGGAAUUAUUCGGCCUCCGCCGUGGACUUGAGGUGGGUUGGCGUGGAAGCCGAUGACCAUUGGUUGGUCAGAAAUAGGCAUCCAGUUGCCUCGUGGGAGAGGGUGGUUUAUGAGGCAGCUAUUGACGGUGAUACGGUUGUGGUGUUUGCCAAGGGACUAAAUCUCCGACCACACAAAGAAUCAAAUCCGACUGAAUUCAGCUGCCACUUUAGACUGAGAAAUUCCAACGAUAACGGAGACUAUGUGCUUACCACAAAGGCAGUAACUGCAGCUCAAGAAAUUAUCAGGUGCUCCUUGCCGGCUGGUGUGUCGAGCACUUUAGACAAGGAAAAGGGAAUUCGGGUUACUGUGGGCCGUGGCAGUGUCAAUACGAAAGCCCACCUUCAGGUGACUCUGCCCUCAGUGGCCAGACUCUCCAACUCCAAGCUGAAUGAACUGCAAAGAAAUCAAGAAAAACAUGAGCUUUGUGUGUGCACAAUGGUGUGGAAUCAAGCAGCAGCACUUCGUGAGUGGAUUAUGUACCACGCUUGGCUUGGAGUAGGGCGCUGGUUUAUCUACGACAACAAUAGUUAUGAUGACAUUGAAGAAGUCGUCAGAGAGCUCAACCUGGAAAACUACAAUAUCAGUAGGCUGACCUGGCCAUGGAUUAAAACCCAAGAAGCAGGUUUCUCACACUGUGCUUUGAGAGCUAGAGAUGAAUGCAAGUGGGUCGGUUUCUUUGAUGUUGAUGAGUUUUUCUACUUUCCUUCAAAGUAUCGCCGUCAGCAAGAAUACCAUACUGCCGGCCGCAAUGCCCUUCAUUCUCUCAUUGCUAACUCAUCUGCUUCAACCUCCAAUUCAACUACCAUUGCAGAGAUUAGAACGGCCUGCCAUAGCUUCGGACCAUCGGGUUUAACAUCAUAUCCACCGCAGGGGGUGACACUGGGGUACACUUGCCGGCUCCAGAGUCCCGAGAGGCACAAAUCGUUUGUCCGGCCAGACUUGCUUGAUCCAACACUUCUCAAUGUCGUUCAUCACUUUAGGUUGAAACGAGGAUCUGGGUUUUUUGACGUACCAAAAAGCAAUGCUGUCAUAAACCAUUACAAGUAUCAAGUGUGGGAAACUUUUAGAGCUAAAUUUUUCAGAAGAGUAGCUACCUAUGUUGUUGACUGGCAGGAGGCACAGAAUGAAGGAUCGAAGGAUAGAGCACCUGGGCUUGGGACAGAGGCAAUCGAACCACCCAAUUGGAGGUUACAGUUCUGUGAAGUUUGGGACACCGGACUGCGAGACUUUGUCCAGACUUUGUUCUCUGAUCCUUUGACAGGAUACCUACCGUGGGAAAAAGCUUCUGGUUAACGACUCUUGGCAACCUGCAGCUUAGGGACCUGUACACAGUAAUCAUACAGCAAGCAAUUGAAUUUUUUGUUUUUUGCUACAAAAAGAAUGUUCAUCGAUUAAUUUUUUACUCCAUGGAUAUGAUACUGGUUUCGUUACAGAUUUUUAACUUACACUUUUCAGAUGUUGGAAUGAAAUUCUUUCUGAUUCAUACUUCAAA